AUGCCACUUCUAGAGUCGUUAGAUUCUAUUAUAAUUGUCCAUGGAUCAACAUGUUAUGAAUGUGGAAUUGGAGGGUCUAAAGAGGCGCCAGAAUUGAUUGAAUUAUCAUGGAUUCUUGUAGAUGCAAAGACAUUAGAGGAGCAACAUAAGGAGGAUUUUCUUGUAAGGCCGAUAAAUACACCAAUAACGAAUCUUUCUAGGAGAAUCUUAUGUAUUUUUAUAGAAUUUAUUGCUUUGACGUGGGAAAAUAUACAGACGGCGGGGACAUUUCGAGAAGUUAUCCAUCAUUUUGUUACAUUUAUUCAAGAAAAGUUAAUUCUUAAUAAUAAAGAUUUUAUUUUUGCGGCAUUUGAUGCAAAAAAACUGACGAUCCAACUUCCGAGAGAAGCUAGGGAUAAAUCGGUUAUAUUACCAUCGUAUUUGCAGCAUCCUAGGAUCUAUGAUUUGCAUACAGAGUAUUCUCGUUGGCAAUCUUAUCAUCCAGAAACAUUAAUCUAUCGAUCGUCCAAUAUUCCACAUAUUCGAAAGAUUUUGGAGACAGAUGUGCACUCAUUGUCACAAUUUGCUCAGCCGAAUUUCAAGGCAACGUUUGAAAAUACGUCUCCUAGACGAGCAAUAGACGAAUGCUUAGAUUUAUUACAUAUAUUUAAAAGUCUUGUAGAAAAGUCGAAAUUUGUAGACAAAUAUCCCGAUAUUUUUUCGAGGCCAUUAGAUAUGAGAGCGGAUGUUAAGGCAUUUCUAGCUGAAAGAUCAUGUAUUUUAUAUAUGGCGGGGUUGCCUUAUGAUAUUACUCAAUCAGAAUUAGAAAACUGGUUUACACAGCAUGGAAGUCAUCCUAUAGCAUUUUGGACUUUGAAAACACCUGAUCAAUGCAAACCUACAGGUAUUGGAUUUGCAAUUUUUUCAUCACAUGAAGAAGCAAUAAAAAGUCUUGUAAUAAAUGGAAGGGCUAUAGGAGAUAGAAUCAUCGAGGUUUCACCUAGCAGUGGCCGAGUGCUAGAAAGAGCAGCAGAAAUACUUAUACCAUUUCCACUAAGUAAGAACAAACCAAGACCGGGUGAUUGGAAUUGUCCUUUUUGCGGAUUUAGUAAUUUUCAAAGAAGAACUGCUUGUUUUCGUUGUUCUUUUUCUACUUUUCCAACAAAUAUAAAUAGUGAUCCUAUGAUGGCAUGCUCGUAUAUUUCAUUGGGAGGGAAUUUACCUAUACAAUCAUCUGUUUCAAAUACAGAUCCAUCAUUUUCCUCAUAUCCAUCGGCUCUUAGAACUUCCACACAAGGAGGAAAUGUUCCUUUUCGUGCAGGUGAUUGGAAAUGCAAAGCAGAAGGAUGUGGGUAUCAUAAUUUUGCAAAGAAUACAAAUUGUUUAAAAUGCGGUGCAAACAAAAAUACAUUUAUCAUUCCAGACCAUAAUGUUUCUUCAUCUUCUUUAUCAUCACAAAUACAACAACCAAUUUCAAAUCCAACAAGUUAUCUCUCAAAUUCAAAGAAUCCUACUUAUUCGCAUCAUAUGCAACAUGUUCCAUUAAAUACAACACAUAACAACUUUUACAGGUCAUCUAUUUUAACAUCAUUUUCUCCUUUAAAACAACCGACAGUUCCUAUAAACAAUGAAACUAUUGUUCAAAGUAAUGGAAAUAUCAUAAAUAAAGAAAAAGUAAUAAUAAAUAAGAAUCAUGAGAAAGAAGCAAAUACUUGGCAUUGUACAUCUUGUUUUUUUAUAAACUUGAAAUUUCGUAAUACUUGUUUGCUUUGUGGCACACCUAUUUCAAAUACGCCUACAUCUGUCUAA